ACUGUGUAACUUGGGAACAAAUUAAAAAGUACAAAUGAAAAUUUGCUGGCUUUUUUUUAUUUCAAACUGUCUUAAAACAAGCCCGUGGUGGGGAGGACUGGAGUUGAGGACUGGUUUAAAGCCAAAAAAACCUGACAGCAACCUAGAAAUUUAACAGUGUAACUAACUGUUAACAGCCCUUCCUGAAGUCAGAUUGACAUAGUAUUAUGGAGUUUUUGUCUUACAGUUGUCAUGGUCAUGUACAGUGGUUACAGAUGAAUGGAGUAGAAGCUUGAUUUUCAUUUGUGCUGCGCUCCAGCUUACAUCUACUUUGCAAGAACAAUUUUUUUAGUGUAGCUCCUAAAUGAACUCCUAUCUUAUAUUUGAUAUUUAUUUUUUUCUUAUCCAUAUUUGAAUAUAUAAAUAUUUUAUUUCUUUAGCAUUUCUUUCAUCAUGAGUUCUGAAUUAAAUGUUCCAGUGGAUCCUUCCACCCCUGCUUGCUGCUCUGAACCAGGCACAAAAGGCAUGGAUUAUCGGGACUGGGUCCGGCGCAGUUAUCUGGAACUGGUCACUUCAAAUCAUCACUCGGUCCAGGCCCUGUCGUGGAGAAAACUCUACUUGAGCCGAGCCAAGCUUAAAGCAUCCAGCAGAACGUCUGCUUUGCUCUCUGGGUUUGCUAUGGAUUGUUGUUUACUCCUGAAAUGCCUCUCACUGAGUCAUCAAUCAAUCUUAAAGAUUCAUCAGAGCACAUCACGGAAGCCACCCUUAGGAAAUAUGUUGGUCGCCAUGGUAGAAGUGCAGUUAGAGAUGCAGUAUAAGUAUCCCCAAAUGCUGCUGAUUGCUUUCAGUGCCUGCACAACAGUGCUGGUUGCAGUUCAUCUCUUUGCCCUUCUCAUCAGCACCUGUAUACUACCUAAUGUGGAAGCAGUAAGUAACAUCCACAACCUGAACUCUAUCAGUGAAUCCCCACAUGAGCGCAUGCAUCUCUACAUCGAGCUGGCUUGGGGUUUCUCCACGGUCUUAGGAAUCCUCCUUUUCCUUGCUGAGGUUGUGCUUCUCUGUUGGAUAAAAUUUCUUCCUGUGGACUCCAUUAUGAAAAAUGAGACUACCAUCAUCCAGCAGCCUACUGGCCAUGCUGGCUGGCAAGCAGCACUGGUUUCUACCAUCAUCAUGGUGCCAGUGGGUCUGAUUUUUGUGGUCUUCACCAUCCACUUCUACCGCUCUCUCGUCCGGCACAAAACUGAGCGCCAUAACCGGGAGAUCGAAGAGCUCCACAAACUGAAAGUGCAACUAGAUGGACAUGACAGAGGGCUGCAGGUGGUGUGACAAGAGCAGAUACAGAAUCAAAGCUAAUCAUUGAGCUAACACAAAUAGCAAAGUAAACCAUUUUUGCUACCAGGAGCUGAAUACACCAGUGGUGGUUUAAAUAUCUAAAAUGCGAAUUGCCUGCCAUACAUGGUUCUAGUGCUGUUUCAGACCCUGGGAUCUCUAUUUCUGGUCCUACACAACUGUGUACUUAAAUAGACACUGCCAUGUUGUUGAACCUCAACAUUUUACCAACUUUAACAUUAUAGUCGGGUUUCUGAUUCCCUGUUUUUAAAAAUAUAACUUUCUGUUGCCAAAGGUGAAAGUACUUCAGCUUCCCAAAAGUGCUGUUAUUAUAGGACCUGUUUUUAUGCAUCUGAGGUCCCUUGCUGGCAGUAUAUCACCAAUGAACUGGCAACCUCUAUUUCUAGGCUUGAUUUGGUAAGCAAUGGCAUCUCCUACAGAUUUCACUGGGAAAUUGUGAAAGUAUGAUGGAACAUGAGUGUUUGUCACCUUUAUUAUUAAAAGGGUGUUAGAAAUGGAGGCAGGACUUGAAAUGUGUAAAGACCUGAAAAUCACUCUUGGUUCAUACAUUUUCCCUUUUCAGUCCCUACUGCUCUUUUACAACAGGGGAGCGAGAUUUUUGGGCUGGCAGGAGCUCUGUUUUUUGCCUACUUCAGUAGCAUCCAUUCUUUUGGAAUGAGUGUGUGCUCAGAUUCAGAUAACAAAGCUUUGUGUAAAGCCUCUGUGAAAAGCUUGCAGACAUUUUCUUUUAAUAUAAAGGUUGCUUAAGGAUGUGGAAUUUAGAAAGACUAGAAAAGGAGAUGCGGUACAAUAGCGGACAGUGCCGUAACAAAACCUGGCUCUGUCAUCUUCAUUUGCUUUGUAUAUACAAGAACAAAAUACAUCCUUUUUCUGGCCUUGCUUGUCUCACAGAGAAGGGUUGGAGUCCAGAUACCAUACCUUUGCCAUAUUCUUUUUUCCUAGUUGUACCUGAGAGGAAAGUAGCAUUUUAAACCUGUCUAAAGUGUCAAACGGUUUCUUCCCCUAAAGCAGCUCCCACCUCUGUGGCACAUGAUAAAUUUGGGGGAGCUAUGUCCAGGCUUUGUCAAAGGGAGAGCUAUGCAGUUCAGGAGCUCUCAUGUUUCCCUUGCAUUGGCUGUUUUUCAUCUGUAGUGAAAGUGAUUCCUGUUUGUGUCUGCAAAGCUGAGGGAAUGAAGCUUAUAAAACACUGUAGCUUUUCUGGCUUUAGAAAACACUCUAUAAAUGAGGUCAUGAUUAAUGGUAACCAUUUCAUGCAAGAAAAAUUAUUGUUCUGUAAUAAGUUGCUUGCUUUUCAUUUUUUAAGAGAAGAGCAAUUUGUUUCAGUUUGAUAAGUAAAAGUACAUGAACAAAAUCUGUCCUGUCUUGCUGCUUAGGCUGAAUUCUGCCCUACGCCAUUACGCUCAGCAGCAGUUUUACAGUCUCUCUCAGCUGCCAGUCCUGAAUGUUUGUAAUGUUUUCUCUAAGCCCCUCCCUUCUCAUCGCUGGUAUUUAAGUGUAACAUCAGCAUAGUCGGUGUCAGAUUCCCAGCUUGGAGAGUGUAAAUCCCAGUGCAGAAAGACUUGCAUUUUCUCUCUCUUGUCUCGUAAGUUACCUGGAAAUAGACUUUUGACCCUUUCUUUUUUAUUUUAACUGUAAUUUGUGCUCAAGCUGCUUAGCACUCCUCUGUUUUUUGAUCAGUUAUCCUGAAGCACGUUUGCAGAUGUGCUAUUAAAAUAAUGACACAAUCUGCCUACGUAUACAUGCCAAACCACUGUUUGUACUUCCUUAACUCAAAUACACUUCCAGGAAAGAGCUUGUUUUUAAAAUGCCUAUAGCACUUCCUGAGCUAUAAUCCUGUGACCAGUACCAAUGCUAAUGCUCCUCUUUUAUAUAGCUAUCCUUUCCUAAAGAAUUCUAGUUUUAAACUUCACGCAGGAAUCUCUCCAUCUAGCUGCUAUUUGACUUUGAGCAGGAUCACUAUGCAAGUUUUAAGAUUGAACAUUGUUAAUGAUUGCAGUUUAAACUGCUAUGUUCUGCAGACCAGAAGUUUAUCUGUUAGUUGAUUUUCAAGUUGGGCCAGGGCAUCAGGAUGGGAUUUUCAUGUCACCACUGUAGAACCUACAGUUUACAUGUCAAAAUCUAAUAGAGACUGUAGUAAUGAAAAUAGAGCGUAUAGAUGACUCCUCCAAGGAAGCAUCUGUGGUGGGGCCCAAAGCGUGAAUCCUUUAUUUCUCAGUCAUAACAGGAUUAACAUUUUGCCAUCUUAAAGGAUACCUAGAAAUGGAAGAGUAGGUUUGAAAUCAAAUGCUAAGAUUGAAACAUUUUAUAGUGUACAGCUCAAUACAUUGUGUAGUGUACAUUUGGUGCUGCAAAAGCAACAUAACUGUUGAAAGCAUCUCUAACUUCUCAAGUUAAUUCCUUGCAACUAUAAUGAACUAUAGCAAAAAGGGAAAUGCAGUGGAGAUUGUGCUUUGAUUUUUCUCAAAAAAUGUAGCAAGAUGGGAAACGAAAUUCCCUGAGAUGGGAUGUAAGAUACUGCUGAAGGGGACUGAAUUUGGAAAAGUUGCCUCACUUCAGCUGCACGUCAGACUGUCUAUCAGAGACUGUCUCCUGACAGCUUGAUACUCCAUCUGAAUCGCAUCCUCUCCUUUCAGGGUAAAUAAAACUAGAAUGACAAAAAACAAGCUUAUGCUUUUUGCUGUCUUUAGCCCACAGCCCUGUGCUGACUGUUGGAGUCCUUCUCCUUGUGUCAGGGACUCUCAGUAAUUCUUACCAUCUUUGGCUGUGGGGGUCCUUGACUUUUCCAUCAGCUUCUUUCUUGAGCCCUUUUUAAACUCCUUCCUCAAAAGUAGCACUUCCCUUUUUUCUCUCCUGGCUCUUUGUCUUCUCUGCUCUCAUAGAGACACUGAUGCUUCUUCUGGAAAAGCUGCACAGACUGUUGGCAAUAGAUGCAAAAAUUAUAUAAAAUCCAGAAUGGUUAAGGACAACUGUACUUAGCCAGUUGUGCAUACCUGUGACAGUAUGCCAGGCAUUGUACCUGCCACUUCUUGCAUCCUCACAGGAACAGGAUUUCUAGUUGUGCAACUUGAACAUGUCAUUUUUUCCCACUCCACUGGGAGUAUGCUGUUAAACUCCUGCUGUGUGUUGUGCAUACAUCUCUGUACUAUUCAGUUACAUUGCCUUUGUGUCAUCUGUGCCAGGUUUUCAGUCUUUGGGGUGCCUGGCAGGUAGGUGCUGUAGCAGAGGUAAGCUGCUCUGUGCAUUGAGACUCUGUGUGGGUUUUUAGGGGUUUUACAGCUGCCUGGCACUAUGGUUUCGUCCUCAUCUCGCUGCAGGAGUUAAGCUCUUUUUAGGCCACAACUUUCUUUUGAAGUCCCACAUUCUAAUACAGAAUUUAAUGAAGGGAGGUAAAUAUGCCAGACCACAGCAAAGCAGUGUGAAGACCCGCAUCCUGCAAAGACUUCUGGGCAUAGCAUUACCUGUAAGCACUGUAUAUAUUUCUGCUAAGCUCAGUUAAAGUGUUUGCAGUACUUGGGACUACAGUUCCUCACUUAAAACCAGUCAGGAAUAUCCCUGUUGCUAUGCCCUCAAGGUUCGCAGUUCGCAUCUUCCCCUUCCCUCAGAAGACUGAUGCUGUCACAAAAAGACACUCCUCACAUACCUUCCAUCUAGAGUGCCACAAAAAUCCCUCUCCAUCUCAGUCCGAUGCCCAAAUGCCAACAUAACCAGGCCAGCACAUUUAUUUUCUAAUUAAUUUCUUAAUAUCAGUCUAAUUUGUAUCCUUUUAAAAAAUGAACACUCUAAAUUAUGUGAUAACCAUCUAAAUUUAGAAGACAUCGCCAGUGCAUGAAGUUCAACACUUGCCUGUGUUUUGGUUGUAGGCACUGAUAUUCAGAGAGGAAUGUUGACUCAUUUAAGUGCCAGAGGAAAAAUUCUGUUGAAGUCGACAGGUUUUGCACUUUGUCUAUUUCUGCUUUAUCUACGCAUGGAAAGUAUGUUAUGGAAUAUGUAUAUGUGCGUGUGUCUAUGUACAACUGAAAAGAACCCAUCCUAUGUGAAACAGGAUAAACAAGUUCAAACGUAUAGCAGACCUUUCCAUAUUCGGUCAAACAACUUUCAUUUUCCUUUUGCAAAAUGUCCAACAUGCAAGUCACUGAAUUUUAAUGGACGUCUUGUUUGUGGAAGGUGUUUACAAGUUGCUAAUCUUCAUUAAGAAGAUAAACAGCCAUGAUAGGAGUUAGUGUUACAUUUUAAACUAUUAAAGUACACUUUACAUUAACUGCAUUAGCUGAGUAGCCAAAAAUGUUCUAAGCAGCUCUUAGUUGCACAUUAAAAAUCUUUUUGUACUUUCCACAGAUCUCCCUAAUGCCUGAUAAUCCAGAAAAAAACUCUUAAUGUCCUAUAAUGCUGCCAUUCUGCCUUUUUAGGAAAGAACAUGCAUAUGCUUCUGACCAAGUAAAACAGAGCCACUGUGUGUGUUACUGAUGCUAAAAAAUGGUGAGUGUUGAUCUUUUGGGGAGCUCUUAAAGAGGUGUCCAAGUCAGAGUUUACUCAAAGAAAAGUAUAUGCUAAGGUGUGGCAGCAAACAGUGACCAAAUGAAACUUUGGUAUCUGUAAAACUGGAUAAUGGAAAUACACUACUCUGAGGUUUUUUUUAUUCGGAAUACAGGAAUUUGCGCUUGUAAAAACCUAAUUAUUCCAAGUCUCUGCAAUCUCUAUGUUCUUCUGGGCUUGGACAUUGUCGUCCUUUAUACUGUAGCUGAAAACACAGCUAAUAAAUAGCACAGUAUCAACUGUAAUAUGUCCCAUUUGUCUUGUUUAGAGGUUACAUCCUUUUUGAAGCCAUCUGGUUUCAUUAUUUGAGAGAUUAACGAGAUGAUACAAAAUAUUUUAAGAAAGCAGUCAGAAGACUGAAUGUAAAUUAAAGGGAAAAAAUUUGAGACUGAAAAUAAGGACCAAACAUUAAUGUAAAUACUCUUUCUAUUGCAGCUUAUUAUGGCAGGGGCUAACUACUGAAGCCAAGCAGUCUAAUUUAUAAUAGUGGUUCCCAUACAGUGGUUGUUCCAGGCUAACUUUACGAGCCUUUGUACUCAGCUAUAGAAAGCUGCUGGUCAAAUGAAUAUGCUCUAAAUCAAGAUAGAGCUGGGGCUUAGAAUGUCUCAAGAUUCAUCUUGAGAUAAAGCACUCUGCACUAAUGCAAAACUGGCAGCGGGUACGAGCAUUACAGAUAAAGUUAGUCUAAAUUGGUAUGUUGAUCAGAAAGGGUUGGGAGCCUCUAAUUUAAGAGCACAAGUUAUUCAAUCCUGCUUUCAGGGCGGACUAGAAAAAUAGUAAUUUCAGAGUUGUUGGGUUUUUUUAACCAAAACAUGGCUGCAGUAAGUAAAUCUCAUAUGUGCUGCAUUUCCAGUGAUAUCAGCUGCAAACUGCUAUCAUGAAGUGACUGAUCUGAAUUCAAUAUAUUGUCUCCUGCCAUGGGAAAUCUUGUGGAGGAUAAGCUUUACCUGCUGCCAGCGUGUAGAUGAUGCUCUGUUGUCAGUAUGUCUGAACAGCAGGACAUGCUUUCAAAGCUUACGUGGAAUUUGACUUCUGUCAAUGUACAUUUAACACAUGAUAAUAAAUUUAAGAGUUAACAUGUCACUUGUAUAUUUCUUUUUAAAUAUUUGAGUAAAUUGACCCUGGUUCAUUGCAAGUAUUAACAGAACUAUGGUUGCAUCUGUAAACUCAAGCUGAUUAAAUAUAUUGGAUAAUUGAAUACUUUUCACUUGUGUGUCAUUUUUUGGUAGCAAACAAUUUUAUACAGGUGGCUAUAACUAGUCUAAGAGCAUGUCACCACUAUAAAAAUGCUGGUUUAUUAUACCAGCACAAUCCUUUUUGCAUAGAGGUUAUAUCAGCCAAACUGCUCUUUAUCCCCAUACAUCAUGCAUGCUCUCUGAUGAAAACAAUCUUAUCUUAGUAAAAGUUCGGUUAGGUUGAUGAUUUUGCACUAAAGGCUUCUGCUGGCACAGUUGUAUCUAUUUGGGCUCUGACCUCUUCAUGCCCCUGACCAACAUAGCUAAUUUGUCAGUUGUAGGAAAAGCUGGUUUCUAGACUUCAGUUCUGCCAUCUUGACUGUGU